AUUCUUGCCAGCCUCCCAUGCCUCCCCCAUACCUUUCCUAUUGAAGUUCCAAAAAGUUCCUUUCUUAUUUUAGAGAAGAAACUUCAUUUUAUAUACCAGCCUUCCUUCUAUAACUUCUAAGAACUUUCUAUUAAUAAAAACUCACCCCUCUUGGAAGGCUAGAAACAUCCUUAUCUUCUUAUAAGUUAAGCACACUCAACUUAAAACAUUCACCUUUUGAGGUUAAUACUAGAAUAGCCAUAACCAUCUUCUUGAUUUUGAUAGUCUGAGUUAAGUUUAUGAAGUUUGAUUUAAAGUUUGUGUUUUUUGUAAUCUUCUUGAUCAUGAAUGAUUCAGACCCAGUUAAGAAAGAUUGUGAAGGAUCCAGCUCAUCAGGGGGGGAUCAGGGUGGGAUGAUGAGGCUGCCAGUGCCAAUGGAGGGUCUGAAUGAGAUAGGGCCUCCCCCUUUUCUCAAUAAGACUUUUGAUAUGGUGGAUGAUCCAGCCACUGCUCAAAUCGUUUCUUGGAGUAGAGGGGGUCUCAGCUUUUCUGUUUGGGACCCUCAUGUUUUCUCCACCAAACUUCUACCAAGAUACUUUAAGCACAGUAACUUCUCAAGCUUUGUCAGGCAGCUCAAUACUUAUGGUUUUAGAAAGAUUGAUCCAGAUUUGUGGGAGUUUGCGAAUGAAGCAUUUAUAAGGGGUCAGAGGCAUCUUUUGAGGAAUAUUAGGAGACGAAAGGCUCCUUCCCAGACUCCGCCCCCACAACAACAAAUGCUUGAACCUUGUGUUGAGAUUGGACAAUUUGGAAUAGAUGGGGAAGUCGAAACUCUGAAACGUGACAAGCAGGUUCUUCUGAUGGAAGCUGCAAAACUUAGACACCAGCAGCAGAUUACCAGAGCUUACCUUUCAUCCUUGGAGCAGAGGAUUCAAGGGACGGAGAAGAAACAGCAACAUAUGAUGACUUUCCUAGCAAGGGCCAUACAAAAUCCUGAGUUUAUUAACCAUUUAGUCCAGCAAAAGGAGAAAAGAAAGAAACUUGACGGUGUCGUCACUAAAAAAAGGCAGCGUGCAAUUGAUCAAGGCCAUAAUGGUUAUGAACUGGGAGAAUCGAGCCAAAGGGCUCAAGGAGUACUAAAGCCUAUCAAAACGGAGCCUCCAGAAUUCGGAGAUUUUUAUGGGACUCAAGUGUCUGAGCUAGACGUACUUGCAUUAGAAAUUCAAGGAUUUGGUAGAGCAUGGAGUGAGAAAGAGGAAGAACAUGAGGUGUUUGACAAAUCUGAGUAUGAAGAUGGUGUACUUGACGAGGAAUUUUGGGAAGAGCUAUUAAAUGAUAGAUAUGAUGAUGAAUUAGGUUCAAGUGGAAACGAAGAGGAUGAAGGGGAAGAUAUCAGUGUGCUGGCUCAUAGGAUGGGUUUUCUAGGUUCAGGCCCAAAGUAGGAAGCUGGAAUUUUUCACCAAUUCCGUCUUGUCCUUUGUUCAUUGUCUCAAUAACAAUCUCACUCGUAUCUGAUCUUCUUUGUUGUCUCUGUCUUAUCCUCUCCAUUAGGUCCUCUGCAUAAAAGAUGAAGAUGCGAAUUCUUCUCUGAAUCUCUUGAUUCCUUGUGUUCCAGAUGCAUUCUGAGUGCUGGUUCGUCACUUCAUCAGUCACCACUUCACGGUUAUUGCUAUUUCCUUUUGUUGCGUGCCUUAGGAUUUUACUUAGUGUUGAUCCAGUCAGAGUUAUAUUGAAAUCCUGACAAUGACACGAGACAGAUCACAAAGGCUUUCCUUCUCAGAGAGUAUCUUGGUGUUUCUAACUCUGUUGCUAGUCACUCUAUUUCAAUAUAGUCUUCCCUGUUAGUUGUGCACUGUUUCUCUCGUUCAUAUGGCUAGAUGUCCUAGAACUUGCUAGUUCGUCACUUCAUUAGUCAUCGUUUUAUGGUAAUAUAUAUCCUCUUUCCUGUACUCUAAGAUUUGUUGAUGGAAUUAGAGUUACACUGGAUCCUGACAUUGACACAAGACGGAGCACAAAGACUUUCCUCCUCGGAAAAUAUCUCCUUGUUGGUGUUUUUAACUCUGUUCUUGUUGUUCACCAUUUAGUCCAGUGUGGUUCUUUAAAUUUCUCUUGGCAAGAGAUGGUCCGGGAAAAAGAGGCCGUUGAGUAGAAGCAUUUACAUCAAGUGUAGACUCUUCACAGGUAUAGCAUCUGAUGAACAUUUUGGAUAUACAAUUUGAUUCCAGGAUAUGUCAAAAAUGUAUAUGGUCAGAAAUUGUUCUGUAUAGGUGCACUUUCCACAGGAUAGUGAAUGCUGUAACACUUAUGUAGACUGGUUUCAACUUGUGCUAUUUUGAUAUUCAUGACCUUCAGCUGUU